CAGGCAGGAGGACGGAAGGGUAGCAGCGGAUAUUUGGUGGUGAAAAGCCGUAGUUCUGUGUCUUUGAAUGGAGGGGAGAGGGAAGUACAUGUGUGGAGUGUGACUCCAUUGAUUACCGUCGGUACCUAGUGGCGCUACAGGAGUUAAGUACUAAACAGUUGAGAUGGGUUUCUCGACCUGCCUUGUCAGAACCGCUUUCACAAGGGGAAAUCAGUUUAUGGACUUCGCAAAUGAGUGCUAGUAUAGGUUUAAUGCGGGAGAAUGGCGUAUACAGAAUGUUAUUUAAUUUUAAAAUUAUUAUAAAUAUGUUGUGUGUGUUAUGACAAGUAGACUGCAUUGUGCGGACUGUAAUGAUCGUUGUUACUAGUGUUGUGGUUGGAAUUAGUAACUCGUAGUGACGCUUUGCUGGAGACGGGAGUCCGAAACAUCGCAUGCAGAAUUUCAUCACAACCAGAUCGACUCCAUCUUUUUCAUCAUGGAACGUGAAAGUGGCGGUAAAUAUCUGUGAAAAUAAUCCGGUCCGGGAUAUUUCCGAAUUGUUUAAUCAAAACUGUCGAAAUGUUGUUACGACAACAGCUAAAACGAGAAGGACAGCAACAUUUGGACUGUGGGUAAUAACAACUACGACAAAUUAUAUUUUCAGGCAUCAAAGAAAACUUAAAAGCGUAAUAUAACUGGCAUGAUUCCAGAAGUACUCGUAAGUACUUAUAAACUAAUAAUAAUUCUAGACACGAACCUUUCGUCACACACUGUGCCAGGGAUGUUAAUUCUCCGACGAGAGUAUCAUAAUAUUAUUUAAUGGUGUGAUGUUGUUAUUUUUAAUAAAAUUGUAUCAACGAACAGUAUUCAUUUCCGUUAGGGAAAGUGUUAAUACGAAAAUUAUGCACUGCAGUUAUUCCUUGCGUGUGAUUGUGGUUAGUGUGACCGAGUGCCUCAUGUAAUAAAGUUGACGAAGGCGACGCUGGUCCUACUUAGACGUCACAAUCAGUAUGCCGGGUGGACGGCGAGGUCUUGUCGCCCCUCAGAACACGUUCCUGGAGAAUAUUAUACGUCGCUCUAGUUCACAACCGGAUAGCAGUUUCCUGUUGGCCAAUGCUCAGAUUGUCGACUUCCCCAUCGUUUACUGUAAUGAGUCUUUCUGCAAGAUCUCGGGAUACAAUCGCGCUGAGGUGAUGCAGAAAUCCUGUCGCUGUACUUUUAUGUACGGGGAACUGACAGACAAGGAGACCAUCGCUCGUAUUGACGAGUGUCUGGAGAACCAGAUUCACGACCAGUUCGAGAUUCUCCUUUACAAGAAGAACAGUGAUGAAUCCGUGUCGGAAAUCCCUAGCCACCUGAGUCAGGAAAGCCAUGUCCCGGUUGCAGAACCCGGGGAGGAAGAAGGCAUUCCUCGAGAGACACCGCUAUGGCUUCUGCUACAGAUAGCGCCCAUAAAGAACGAGCGAGACCUGGUCGUGCUGUUCCUCCUGACAUUCAGAGAUAUAACAGCACUGAAGCAGCCCAUCGAGUCAGACGACAACAAAGGAGGUUUGAGCAAAUUUGCAAAACUGGCUCGUUCAGUAACGCGGAGUCGAUCAGUGCUUGUUUCACAGUUCUCAUCCCACCUGCCCAAUCUCAAGGACACCACCAAGCAAUCUCACCUCGCACAUAUGAUGAGCCUGAAUGCCGAUGUGAUGCCCCAGUACCGUCAAGAAGCACCCAAAACUCCGCCCCAUAUACUGUUACAUUACUGUGCAUUUAAGGCUAUCUGGGACUGGAUUAUUCUAUGCCUUACAUUCUACACUGCAAUUAUGGUGCCCUACAACGUCGCCUUUAAGAACAAAACUUCUGAGGAUGUGUCAUUACUCGUGGUGGACUCAAUAGUGGAUGUCAUCUUUUUUAUUGAUAUCGUGUUGAAUUUUCACACAACGUUCGUGGGACCUGGAGGGGAAGUGGUCUCAGACCCUAAAGUGAUACGCAUGAACUAUCUCAAGUCGUGGUUCAUAAUCGAUCUGCUCUCAUGUCUACCGUAUGAUGUGUUCAACGCCUUCGACCACGAUGAAGAUGUAAGUAGUACCAUGCCCUCUGAUGGUGUUGAUUGUGGAAACUCGGUGAACGAAGCUGCCGCGUCUGUGGAUGCUUUUGGCCAGGACGGGAUCGGAAGCCUAUUCAGUGCAUUGAAAGUGGUCCGGCUACUACGUUUGGGUCGCGUGGUGCGCAAGCUGGACCGCUAUCUGGAAUACGGUGCCGCCAUGUUGAUAUUGCUGCUCUGCUUCUAUAUGCUUGUCGCGCAUUGGCUUGCGUGCAUCUGGUACUCAAUAGGACGUUCAGAUGCUGAUAAUGGUGUCCAGUAUUCAUGGCUGUGGAAGUUAGCCAAUGUCACGCAAUCACCUUAUUCGUAUAUCUGGUCCAACGAUACCAACUCGCCCGAGCUCAUCAAUGGGCCGUCCCGCAAAACAAUGUAUGUCACCGCACUCUACUUCACCAUGACCUGUAUGACCAGCGUUGGUUUUGGAAAUGUGGCUGCAGAAACAGACAAUGAGAAGAUAUUCACCAUCUGCAUGAUGAUAAUUGCAGCACUGUUGUAUGCCACCAUAUUUGGUCAUGUGACAACCAUCAUCCAGCAGAUGACAUCAGCAACAGCCAAGUACCAUGAUAUGUUGAAUAAUGUGAGAGAGUUCAUGAAACUGCACGAGGUGCCCAAAGCUCUGUCAGAGCGAGUUAUGGACUAUGUUGUAUCCACAUGGGCCAUGACCAAGGGCCUGGACACCGACAAGGUACUCAACUAUUGCCCGAAAGAUAUGAAAGCUGACAUCUGUGUGCAUUUGAACCGUAAAGUGUUUAAUGAACAUCCGGCAUUCCGUCUAGCUAGCGACGGUUGCCUGCGUGCGUUAGCCAUGCACUUCACGAUGAGCCACUCGGCUCCUGGUGAUUUGUUAUAUCAUACUGGGGAAUCCAUCGAUAGUCUGUGCUUCAUUGUCACAGGAUCGCUUGAAGUUAUACAAGAUGAUGAAGUAGUGGCUAUUUUAGGAAAAGGCGAUGUUUUUGGGGACUCGUUCUGGAAAGACAAUGCGAUCGGACAGUCGGCUGCCAAUGUCCGAGCAUUGACUUAUUGCGACUUGCACACGAUCAAGCGAGACAAGCUGCUUGAGGUGCUUGAUUUCUACCAGGCGUUUGCUAACUCAUUUGCUCGCAAUCUCAUCCUCACCUACAAUCUUCGUCAUCGGCUUAUUUUUCGCAAAGUGGCGGACGUGCGUCGUGAGAAGGAGUUGGCAGAAAGAAGGAAGAACGAUCCUCAACUGGACCAGCAGCAGGAUCACCUCGUGCGCAAGAUUUUCUCGAAAUUUCGCAGAGACCGGGCGCAGGCGUUGCAACCCCCUGCACAGCCUGCGCAGUCGCCUGCAGGUCAGCAGGCGGACUUGGAGCGUGGGGAUUCGGCAUCUGGCGAAGGCGCGGGGGACGGUACAGCAGGAAAGUCUGUCGUGCGAGUCUUGUCGACAACAAAAUUAUCCAGCGUGGCGGAAACGGAGCACGGGAGCGUCGGAAGCGGGGCCCUAGUGGCCGUGACUACCAGGGGCCAGCGUCCUGCCACAAUCCGUACCAGCAAGUGGGGACGUCUGUUGGGGAGCAGCAGCCUCGAUUCAGGAAGCGAAUCUAUGAACAGCAAUAAUAAUACCACGGCGAUCCAGCGUUCUGUGUCUGCCAGAGACCAUACAAGUGGAAAUAAUAAAGACAGAGUCCAGUCGUUAUCAGGUACUGGUAGUAAUACGUCCACAAACGGCGCAGCAUUGGGAUCUGGUAAUAAAGUGUUUCCCAAACUCCAGAAACUAACAUCGUCAACGACAACGACACCAACAACCGUAGUGCCUCCACAGACAACAAGACGGGACACCAUUGAAGAAAUUGCGGAGUUUGAAGAUCAUGAGGGCACAAAACGCGUAGCAGGUACCAAUUUGAGGAAAGUGGAUUUGUAUGAUAGUGGCAUUCUUCAUAGCUGUGAUCAGAGGCUAAAUGAAGCCUCUACGGGUAGUCUCGUUUUAUACCAGCGGCCAGUUGUAACACCUGCGCCACCAGGAAUUGCUGCAGCGGAAUACAAGGAAAUAAUUUCUAACAUCAUGGACUUCAAAGUUGAUGUGAAAUUGGAAGUUCAGAGAUUAAAUCAAAAAGUAGGACACAUGGAGGAAUUAUUAACAGAACUGCUUUCAAGGUUUAGUCAGACUGCGCCUGUAGGAAACUCUGCAGCUUCUUCAGCUUCUUCUCAGUCACCCCCACAAGAGGCUGAAGAAGGAACAGAGACUCAACAAGUAGCGGGCGCCACGCAUGAAGGGCAGCGUGCAAUUCGCAUUUGCACACCUCUGUUUGUUAAAGGUAUGGACCAAAGUCUUUUCUCAUAA